CUUCCGCCUCUCUCUCUCUCUCUCUCUCUCUCUCUCCCUCCCUCCCUCCUCCCUCGAUGGUUGAAAAGGAGAUGCUAUUGCAGCUUCGUUAAUCCGCCGCCCCCUCCUCCCUCUCGAUCUCAGAAGUGGAAAAACGCAGGGUAGGGCGAGAAAAGGGGCCAAAGGGGCGAGCUUGAACGCGUUCCCGCGUGACCCACCAAGGGACAGUUUUAUUUUGAGAGUGGAUUAAUUGUUCGUGUGACGUUUAGUUGGAUCUAUCUGGAAAUUCAUCCUAUCUGAGGGAGAAUGGCGGAUGGAAUUCCAAGUUUCUGGGGCCCAGUGACAUCAACUAAAGAGUGUUGUGAGCAGAAUUACGUCUACUCUUCUUAUGUUGCAGAAUUUUUCAACACAGUGUCGAACAUUCCCUGCAUUGUUUUGGCGCUGAUUGGUCUGAUAAAUGCCCUAAGACAACGAUUUGAGAAGAGAUUCAGUGUCCUUCACAUUUCGAAUAUGGUACUUGCUAUGGGAAGCAUGCUAUAUCAUGCUACCCUGCAACGAGUGCAACAACAAAGCGAUGAAACUCCAAUGGUAUGGGAAAUCUUACUGUAUAUGUACAUCCUCCAUUCUCCGGACUGGCACUAUCGCAGUACGAUGCCCACAUUCCUCUUCCUCUACGGUGCUGUCUUUGCCAUUGUACAUUCAUUCUUCAAUUUUGGCAUUGGCUUCAAGAUUCACUAUGUGGCCCUCUGUCUGCUGUGCAUCCCCCGGACGUACAAGUAUUAUAUAUACACUGCUGAUGCCUCAGCUAAACGACUUGCCAAGGUGUAUGUUGCAACCCUUGUUCUCGGCAGUGUGUGCGGGCUGUGCGAUCGCUUCUUUUGCAAGCAAAUAUCUUCUUGGCCCAUCAAUCCUCAGGGCCACGCGCUAUGGCAUGUCUUCAUGGGUUUCAAUUCAUACUAUGCAAAUACGUUCUUGAUGUUUUGCCGAGCCCAGCAACGGGAUUGGUCACCAAAGGUGGUUUAUUUCAUGGGGAUUUUGCCCUAUGUGAAGAUUGAGAAGCCUAAAGUCCAAUGAGGUAUGUCAGAGAGGAUGAUCGACUUUUAUGUUUGCAUAGAUAGUUUGAGAGUUUUCAAAGGGAGGCGGGAGCAAGCGAGCAAUUGCAAAGUUUACUUUUGCUCUUUUUGUUGGUAUUCAUUUGGUUACACUAUGUCAUCUACUGGCUUUUGCGCUUGAAAACGGGAAACGUGUACCAUAUUCAAUUCGCCUUUCUCUUCGUAGGAUGCAACAGCUCUGCUUGCAAACCAAGCAUAUAUUUAUGUAAUAGCUGUGGAUUCAAACUCUCAUCUUCUUUUGUUGUUAGUGUGUUGUUAGUUUUGAGUCUUGGACUGCUUGUUGUUGCUGGAGAACAGUGGGGUUAAUACUGAAGCAGUAUAUUGUUUUGGAGAA